AUGGCGAUCUAGAGGUUUGGGUCCAUGCUCGUUUUGUUGACAUUUAUUUCAAACCAAUUUUACGCGUUAUUAGUGGAAUUACGGUUUCUGCAGCUAUGUCGAGACUCAUCAUUAAAAACCUCCCUAACGGGAUGAAGGAGGAGAGGUUCAAGUCGAUGUUUGCUGCCUUUGGCACUGUGACAGACUGCUCUCUGAAGUUUACCAAAGAUGGCAAGUUCCGCAAGUUCGGCUUCGUCGGCUUUAAAUCCGAGGAGGACGCAAACAGAGCCCUGAAGCAUUUCAAUAAGAGCUUCGUGGACACGUCCAGAGUGACGGUGGAGAUGUGUAAAGCAUUUGGAGACCCCACUAAGGCAAAAGCCUGGAGUAAACACACUCAGAGCUCAGGGCAGGUCAAACCCUCUGCUCCGGCUGACACUGAUGGCAAAAAGAAGAAGCAGAAAAAGGAAUCCAGGAGUGUUCUGGGAAAUCUGGAAGAGGAAUCAGACUUUAAGGAGUUUCUGUCAGUGCAUCAGAAUCGAAGCCAAGUCCCAACCUGGGCAAACGACACUGCGCAGGAAGCAGCCGAUCCCGACAGUAGACAGAAGAAGACUCAGAGCAAGAAGAAGCUAGCUUCAGAUGAUUACCUCAACUUUGACUCAGACCAGUCAGAGGAUGAGGAUGAGCAAGAAGAAUAUGAUGACAGUGAAGAUGAAGAUGAUGAUGCCACUAAAGAAGCACUGAAGUCUGGGUUAUCAGAUAUGGACUACCUGCGGUCAAAGGUGGCACAAACAGCAGACAUGGGGGAGGAUGACGAGAACAAAGAUGGUGACGAGGAAGAGGAGGAUGAUGGUCCUUUACUGCACACAGACAGUGCCUAUGAGAGUGGAGACAGGGAAAACAUCUCAAAGGUCAAAUCUUCAGUGUCCUCUGAGGAGAAGAAGCAGAGCAAAAUGAAGAAAACUGCCAAGCAGGAGACCGAACCAAUGACAGAGUUCACAGUGAAGCUGAGGGGAGUCCCAUUCACUGUUAAAGAAAAACAAAUUCGAGAGUUCAUGACCCCGCUGAAGCCUGCAGCAGUCCGGAUUGGGAAGAAUGAAAGUGGAAAUAGAACAGGUUAUGUAUACGUGGACUUGCAUUCUAAGGAAGAAGUGGAAAAGGCCUUGAAGAAAAACAAAGAUUAUAUAGGAGGGCGUUACAUUGAAGUCUUUCGUGUGGAUCCUUCUGCGGGAAAGAGCAAGAGAGACGGAAAGGAUAAAGAAAGCGACGGAAACUUCACCAGGAAGCUCAAAGAGGAUGAGGAGGAGGAAGAUGUUUCCGAGUCAGGUCGACUCUUCGUCAGAAACCUUCCUUACACCUGCACAGAGGAAGACCUCAAAGAGCUGUUUAGCAAACACGGUCCUUUAUCUGAGGUGCUCUUCCCUAUUGACUCUCUAACCAAGAGACCUAAAGGGUUUGCCUUUGUAACCUACAUGAUACCAGAGAAUGCUGUGACAGCUCUCGCUCAGCUAGACGGACACAUAUUUCAGGGCAGAAUGCUUCACCUGCUUCCCUCCACUGUGAAGAAGGAAAAGCUUGACUCUGAUGCUGGCGGUCCUGGCUCCUCAUCUUACAAACGGCAAAAAGAUGCUAAAAAUAAAGCUUUAAGUUCCAGUUCACACAACUGGAACACCUUGUUUCUGGGUACAAGUGCAGUGGCAGAUGCCAUUGCUGAAAAAUACAACACCACCAAAAGCCAAGUCCUGGACCACGAAUCAAAGGGAAGUGUUGCAGUGAGGAUGGCUCUGGGAGAAACACAGAUUGUCCAGGAGACACGACAGUUCCUAUUGGACAACAAUGUCAGUCUGGAUUCCUUCAGUCAGGCAGCAGCAGCGAGGAGUGCAACUGUGAUCUUGGUGAAGAACCUUCCAGCUGGAGUGCAGGUGUCAGAGCUCGAGGAGCUCUUCUCACCUCAUGGUUCUUUGGGCCGAGUGCUGCUGCCACCUUCAGGACUCACUGCAGUCGUUGAGUUUCUGGAGCCAGCUGAAGCAAAACGAGCCUUCACAAGGCUGGCUUAUAGUAAGUUUCAUCAUGUUCCACUGUAUUUGGAGUGGGCGCCUGUCGGAGUGUUUGUGGCCAAGUCAGAACCAGAGAAAGAGGUGGCAGAGAAAGAGGAAAAGAAGGAGAAAGAAAAUGAGGAAGAAGAAGAGGAGGAGGAUGAACCUGUACCAGGUUCUACACUUUUCAUUAAGAAUCUUAAUUUCAGCACCACAGAGGAGAAGCUGCAAGAGACAUUCUCCAAAUGUGGCAAAGUCAAAUCCUGCACAAUAUCCAAGAAAAAAGAUAAAAAAGGCAAACUGUUGUCAAUGGGUUAUGGUUUUGUCCAGUAUCAAACAGCAGAAGCAGCACAGAAAGCCCUGAGGCAGCUACAGCACUGUAAGGUGGAUGAUCACCAGUUAGAGCUGAAGAUUUCAGAGAAAGCCACAAGGACAGCUGAUGUGUCACGGAAGAAGAAGCAAGCUGAGAAGAAGCAGACGGGAUCCAAAAUCCUUGUGCGCAAUGUUCCUUUCCAAGCCACUGUCAGAGAAAUCAGGGAGCUUUUCUGUACGUUUGGAGAGCUGAAAACUGUGCGUCUUCCAAAGAAAGCAGCUGGUUCAGGGAGUCAUCGAGGUUUUGGCUUUGUUGAUUUCCUCACCAAACAAGAUGCUAAGAAAGCUUUUGCUGCACUGUGCCACAGCACCCAUCUGUACGGGAGACGUCUUGUGCUGGAGUGGGCUGAUGCUGAGGAAACCGUGGAGUCACUGCGACGGAAAACAGCCGAACAUUUUCACGUGGCUGCCAAAAAGCAGCGAAAAGCAGAGGUUUUGGAAGGAAUUCUGGAGACGAUGGAAACUGAAGGUGGUGUGGAAGACUGAUGUCUGCGGUCCCUGUGACAGCAUCAGCACAAUCCUGAACCAAGCUCCUGUGUGAAAAGGACUAUGAAUAAAACAUGGAUCUGAAUGUCUGCAGGAAAAAAUUAUAAUGAAAUUAUUAACUGUUCCAAUUUUCUCUGGAUUCCCGUGACUUAUAUUUUGUACAGAAUGAAACCUCAAAGAGAUCUGAUGGACUGUUUUAUAUAAAAAUUGUGUACGUGUUA